AUGGAAGCCAACGUGGGAUCUUCAAGUUGCACACUGCCGCUUAAUUACGCCGAUGAGGGCCACUGCUUGAUCGACGCUUUACACUUGGCCGGUCACCGCAUGACCGCUGCUGACGAGUUUCCGUUACGGCGCGAUAUUGCUGCAGAGGGUUUCCGGUCAGCGCCAGUACUGACAACUGAUGACUCGCCGCCCGUGGACAACCCGGUAGUAAAGAUCGACUCGCCACCAGUGCCACCACCUGUCCUUACGACUGCGGAGACACAGGACCAGACGGAAGCGCUAAAAUGCCCGCAGCAACGUUACGGCCUUUCCUUGAUCCACGCUUUGGACUUGGCUGUGGAUCGCAGGAUCGUUACAACGGUCGGGCCACAACAGUCACGGCCGCUGCGAGAACGUGCAGUCGUUUUCCGAUCUUCUGCAGAGCUGAGCAUCCACUCGCCCAUAUACGCACCAGUGAAGUCUGUCUUACCGGUGACAGCUGAAAUUCAGCCAAAUCCCGCAGGGCCUGACCGUCGCAGGUCACUAUGGAAGAGGUCGAAAAGAUUCAUGUGGAAAUCCUUGGUCAACACUACACGCAGAAUAUGCUUCUGUCGGAGUUUUGUUGACCCGGAAUGAUUCCGCAAGGUUCGACCUCAUCCCCCGCCACCAUGAUAUCCCGCCUACGUUACCUGCAGGUCAACCGGUUUUUGGCUUUGGCAUCGUUUGUACCGGGCCCCCGUCCAAAUGUCUUGAACCCGCGACGCCCGUUGUGAUUGUCGGACACUUGGUCCGUUUUUGUUCAAGUUCGUCGGUC